AUGACGUCUGCUGAAGUUCCACCAGAGCGGGGAUACGUGCUCCUGUUUGUCCAACCCGCCAAUUCCCGUACCACGGCACGGCAGAAGCUCACUCGUCUCACCCGCCAGCAGUUCCAAGAGCUCUCUACAGACGUGUACGAUGAGCUGAUACGGCGAAAGAACAACAGUAGCGAUAACGAAGCUAGAACGCUCGUAUCCCUAGUGCCCUUCCUGCCCGUCCGUGACGACUUUCACCCGAAGCGGAAUCAAGCACGACAGAAACUCGCAACACUACCUACUGGCCGGUUUAAGGACUUGUCGAGUGAUGUCUACUAUGAAUUAGCCCGACGGUAUCCAGAAUUCAAGGAGGAGACUCCGGACGCCCCCACGUCGGCCGUUUCUGCCGGAUCCGCGUACGACGACUUCCCCUCACCCGAUUUCCCUCGCAACGGACGUACGUCCGAAGACAGAGGAAACGAUUCCGGAUACGGUGGUAGCACGCCCGGCGCAUCCACCGGCGACACCUACUCCCGCCGAAAGCCCUCGCAGGACAUUUACUCUGGCUCGGAUCGCCGGCGACCGUCGCAGGACACCACGCUCGGCCGGCGCCCAAGCGAGAGCGCGAGCGUCACGAGCGGGGGCGAUGCCCAGAGCGCGACGGCGGGCAUGGGGAUGAUCAUCCCCAACAAGUCGACGAUCGCGGAGGAGGAGAUCGAGGUGCCGUACGGGCGCGACUCCAAUAUGACCGCGCGCAAUCGCAACGGAGGCGGCCUGAGCGACUCGGAGAGAGAUCUCGAGGACGACGUGAGCCCGCGAAGUCCGCCCGAACGGGCGCUGGGUGGAUUGAGUGGGUUGAGCGCACGGCUGCAGCAGGCGGACGACGGCGAGGAUUAUUACGACCGGGCGUCGUAUGGGCGGCAAAGCGUUGCUUCGGACCGGUCCGCAGGUGGUGGUUCGAAGGCGUUGGGGGGAAGGACCAGUGUCGCCGGCGAGGAUGAGAGGAUGAGACGCGAGUACGAGUUCAAGAUCGCGACGAUGCAGAAACGGAUUGCGGGCCUCGAGCGGGAUCUCGAGGACGUGCAGGAUAGGGAGCAGAAGUGGGCGGAUGGCGAGGACCGGGUGAGGGCGAUGGAGCAGGAGCUGAAUGAACUUCGCCGGCGGGUGGAAGAGAAGGGUUCCUCGAUGCUGUCGCUACAGCAAGAACUGGAUGCGCUGAGGGAAGAGCGUGCACGCGAAAGGGAUAUCGCGGAGCGGAGGCAACGACAAGACCAGGAUGAGAUCCAGAUGCUACGUGACCGAUGCGAGGUUCUCGAGUCCGGUGAUGGGGCCGCUGGGAGUGUUGAUGCCGCCAUUCUGGAUCAGCUCAGGUCGGACAUGGAGGGUCUGAUGGCGGAGCUCUCUGACUUGUCCCGACGUAACGAUGAAUUGCAAUCUGAGAAAGACAACGACCUCGCUUUCAUCCGCGAACUCGAAGGUCAAGUCAAGGAGUAUAAACGGAAGUACGAGCAAGCAAAGACAGAGCUUCGGAGUGCGAAGGCAACAUCACAGUUGUUCCUGAAGCCGCCGAAGGUCGACGACCAACUGCCUGUCGCACGAGAUGGAGGUCUCGUUGACGUUCAUGUCACCGGAUUUGUAUCGUCUAUCGAUAGCCUCCUCACUGCUGGCCGAUCGAACGCGCCCACUCAAGUCCUGCAACCUAUGAAGGGCGUUAUUAACGCGGUCACUGCCAUCAUCGAAGACGUUCGCGUCUUUGAACGGCGCCCACCACGAGACCGCGCUGAAGUCGAUCUUGACGCGCUCCAGUCUUUACGAGACCGUCUCGAUGCAACGCUUAGCAACCUCGUCGCUGCCGCGAAGACGCAUGCUACCAGCGCCGGGAUGUCCCCUGUCAGUCUGCUUGAUGCAGCUGCAAGCCAUGUCUCUGCUACAGUCACGGAAAUCGGCAAGACGGUUCACAUCCGGAAGGCGACAAAGGCAGAACAGGAUGCCUUCAUGCCCAGCAGUUCGUCGUCUGCCACUAACGGGUAUGCACCGUCUCUGCGCUCCGUCGAGGAACUCCGUUCGACUUCGAGUCCAUCGCACCAGCGGAGCGGCAGCAGCACCAGCUUGCGUGGAGGUGACGAUCGUUACAACGUGUCUCCGUCGUCGUCGCCUCGCGUCACUCCACGUCGGCCACCCUCUAACAUGUCUAGCUCGAACGCGAGCUCGCCGCCGCCCUUGUUCGAUAAGCCUAAAGUCAAUGGCAAUAGCAAGAACGACAGCUCCGCAUCUGGAGAGGGCCCUGAAGACGCAUGGGCAGAACUCAAGCCAUACCUCGAGGCUCAGACCGAGUCUAUCGUAUAUGCAAUUCAGAGCGUCCUCUCCGGUGUCCGAAGUCCCACGCCCUCUCCGACCCUCAACGAAAACCUCACUCAAAUCAUCACUAUCGUGUCCAGCAUCGUCGCAGUAUGCAAGGAUAACCUUCCUCCCGCUUCCAAGGCGCAAGGCGAGGAGAUCCUGCGUGAGCUUGGGGAGCACGCGAACAAGCUGAGCGAAGUUCAGGCCCAGGCGGAUAUCACCAAGGAGUCACGGCAGGUGAUGGCGAAGUCGAGCUUCGCUGUUGCGAACGCCAUGAAGGGGCUGAUGAAGCUCUAG